ACGAUUUCAGUAGUCUUGUAGGCACUCGUUCAAAAUUAUUGCGAACUUUUAAAUAUGUUGACACUUUGUAAAAAUUAUGUUUCAAAUUAAAAGUUAAAAAUAUAUUAACAUCAAUUAUUAUACGAAUAUAAUUACAAUCAUUUAAUUGAGGUGCAUAUAAGUAUUUAAAGAUAUUCUCAGAAGUUUGGUUUUGUUACUUCGCAAUAUGGAAGAUUACGCGAUUUGUGCCAGAAAUCUAGUGAAGCAUUAUGGAAAUCAUGCCGUUCUCAAUGAUGUUUCUUUAAGUGUUGAAAAAGGCGUCAUAUAUGGACUUUUGGGUGCUAGUGGUUGCGGGAAAACAACCCUUUUAAAUACUAUUCUGGGACGAAAAAGUGUAGAGUCUGGAGAUAUCUGGAUAUUAGGAAAGAAAAUAGAUAAAAAUGAUAGUAAUAUACGUACAGUAAAAGUUGGAUAUAUGCCACAGGACAUUGGGUUAAUACAGGAAUUUACUAUAAGUGACACUAUAAAUUACUUUGGAAAAAUGUAUAAUAUGGAAGAUGUAGAUAUUAAAAAGAAUUUCGAUAUUUUGACAGUAUUGCUGGAUUUGCCUCCUAAAAGCAGAUAUUUGAAGCAUUGCAGUGGAGGACAACAAAGAAGAGUAUCACUUGCAGUAGCCUUAUUACACAAACCGAAACUGUUAAUUUUAGACGAACCUACAGUUGGACUAGAUCCAUUACUAAGAGAGAAAAUAUGGAUAUAUCUCAGUGAAAUUGUGAAGUCAAAUAAUUUCUCUGUGGUGAUUACAACACAUUAUAUAGAUGAAUGUAAAGAUGCUGAUAAGAUUGGAUUAAUGAGAGGAGGAAGGCUAUUGGCAGAGACAUCACCAGCUAAUCUAUUAUCGCAUUUUCAUACAGACUCUUUAGAAACGGCAUUUCUUGAACUAUGCAAAGCACAAGAUAAAGAAAAUGAUAAUACUCCUUAUACUUUUGAAAGCCAUAAUGAACAAAUUUUGGAGCAGUUGUCUGUACAGCAUUUGAUAAAAAAAUGCGAAUUUGGAGAUCGACAUCAUAUCUAUCAGGAAAAAAUGAAAAAGGAAAAACAGGCAGUUUCAGAAAAUAUUGGUUUCAGCUUAAACAGAAUGCAUGCACUUCUUGUUAAGAAUUGGAAACAAUUUUAUAGAAAUAUUGGGGGAAUUUUGUUUCUAAUAUCUUUUCCAAUAUUACAAUUAUGGUUUUUUGCUAAUUCUCUUGGAACUACUCCAAUAAACUUAAAUGUUGGUAUUGUAAAUGGUGAACUAUCAAAUACAUGUUUAGAAUUUAUGAACUGGAAUAUGUCUGUCCUUCCUUCCAAUAAUGAGAAGUGCCAGUUGGAAUAUAUCUCAUGCAAUAUGAUAAAUUAUUUUCAACCACCGAUGAUCAUAAAAAAAUUCUAUAAUUCUACAUCAAUUGCAAUUGAUGAUGUGAAACAUGGUAAACUUAUCGGUGUAGUGGAUAUACCAUAUAAUUUUUCAAAAUCUUAUGAAGAUAGGAUCCGACUAGGCAAUAAAGCCGGAAAAUCCACUUUAGAGUUUGGCGAAAUUAAAAUUUUCUUGGAUAUGUCAAACUCACAAGUCGGUACAAUGUUGCAGCGAAAACUUAUCGAUCAAUUCACUGAAUUUGAACAAGAUCUUUUUAUCCAUUGUAAUAUAUCAAAGAAAUUGCUAGAGUUUCCUUUCAAAACAGAAUUCUAUUAUGGAAACAAUCAACAAUCAUUGACAAUCUUCAUGGCUCCUGGAUUCAUUGUAUUAUUGACAUUUUUACUAGGCUCAACGAUGACCUCUGAAAUUAUCGUUAAAGAACGUAUGGAUGGAAUUUGGGAACGAAGUAUUAUAGCUGGAACUUCGUCUUUAGAAAUUACUUUGGCUCAUCUUUUAUUCCAAUCGGCGAUUAUGUUCUUUCAAUGUAUAGAAUGCAUCGUAAUGGUGUUUUUUCUAUUAAGAUUGGACGUAGAAGACAAAUUGUGUACCAUGUUUUUAAUUUGUUAUGUGACAGGUGUCUGCGGUAUGGCAUUUGGUUUCUUUGGGUCUUCUAUUUGUAAGACUCCUACAGAAGCUAAUAUUAUGUGUACUGGUGGAUAUUUACCUAUGACAGUGAUUUGUGGGGUAAUUUGGCCAAUAGAAGGUAUGCCUACAUUUUUAAGAUUACUAGCAACAAUACUACCGUGUACGACAGGUAUUGAAUCAUUUCGGAAUGUGAUGCUAAAGAAAUGGCCAUUAUGGCAUCAAAGUGUUAUUCUCGGUGUCGGAGUAGCAGUAAUAUGGAUAAUUUUACUUGCCACUCUCAGUAUAAUAAUCAUAAAGAGAAAUAAAUAGAUGUAUCUUAGAAUUAUAUUCACAAAACAAAACCUUAUGUCUAAAAAGUAUUAUUAUGUUUAUUAUAUAUUUUUUUAUAUUUUAUAAAAUAAUGAUAAAUUGCUAUUUUCUAACAAUACGUAAUUUCUAAUAACGUAUACAGGGUGUCACAGGCUGAGCGUGCAAUAGAAGUUUCUAGAGAACUACAAUAUCUAGAUUCGGAGAUUUUUUGCACAUCAUUGUUUUACAAUGAGAUCUAUCGAUUAAAAAUAUUUUCAAUGUGGUGGCACUUCCUGAAAUACCGGAAGCUUUACAGCAACUUUCUUAUUUCAAAUGGGUAUCCCCAUUACAAUUACAUGAAUUUAAAAAAAAAAGUACAAUUUUAUGAAUUUUGAUAUAAAACAGUCUAUAUCUAACAUUG